CGGCCCGCCGGUAACGGUCGCCAGGGCGAGUGGCGGGAGGGGAAGGAAGGGGGGUUAAAUUAUUUUUUUAAAAACUGUGAGCGAGAGCCAAAGGCAUCGCGACCCAGGUGUCGCCGCUUCCUGCUGCAGAGGGCUUGGCGCCCAGGUCCCUCCCUUCUCACGCCCCCUCCCCUUCUGCCCUCCCCUCUGGAGCCUCGCGGCGCUUAAGAGGCGGCGGCGGCGGAUCGAGCGGCCGCUGCAGUCCCGGCGGCCGCGGAGAAGGAGGAAGGAAAGCACAAAGCCCGCUGCGCGAAGCGAGCUGCGAGAAAACCCCAUGGGAACAUCAAUUCCAUAACUCCUUGGAUUCUGACUCUGCAUUCCAGUCAAAUGUAGGAAAGGUCAGCAACAACUAAGAUGACAGCACAAAAGAUGUUACUUGCCCGUGUGUGAUAAAUACUGGAUGACAGGUAACAAAGGGAGUCCUUCGACUUGAAGCAUGAGUUCAGAUGCCAGCCAAGGUGUGGUCACUACUCCUCCUCCCCCCAGCAUGCCUCACAAAGAGAGAUAUUUUGACCGCAUCAAUGAGAAUGACCCAGAAUACAUUCGGGAGAGGAACAUGUCUCCUGAUCUACGGCAAGACUUCAACAUGAUGGAGCAGAGGAAACGAGUUACUCAGAUCUUGCAAAGUCCUGCCUUUCGGGAAGAUCUGGAAUGCCUUAUCCAAGAACAGAUGAAGAAAGGCCACAACCCAACUGGAUUGCUGGCAUUACAGCAGAUCGCAGAUUACAUCACGACCAAUUCUUUCUCGGGCUUUACUUCACCUCCUCUCAGUCUCGGCAUGGUCACACCUAUCAAUGACCUCCCUGGGGCAGAUACAUCCUCCUACGUGAAGGGAGAGAAACUUACUCGCUGUAAGCUUGCCAGCCUGUAUAGACUCGUGGACUUGUUUGGAUGGGCACACCUGGCAAAUACCUAUAUCUCCGUAAGAAUAAGUAAGGAGCAAGACCACAUAAUAAUAAUUCCUAGGGGCCUGUCUUUUUCUGAAGCCACAGCCUCCAAUUUGGUGAAAGUCAAUAUCAUAGGAGAAGUGGUUGAUCAGGGAAGUACUAACUUGAAAAUUGACCACACAGGCUUCAGUCCCCAUGCUGCGAUCUAUUCAACACGUCCUGAUGUUAAGUGUGUGAUACACAUUCAUACCCUGGCAACAGCAGCUGUAUCCUCCAUGAAGUGUGGGAUCCUUCCAAUUUCUCAAGAGUCCCUCUUCCUGGGAGAUGUCGCCUAUUAUGACUACCAAGGGUCACUUGAUGAACAGGAGGAGAGAAUUCAACUACAGAAAGUUCUGGGGCCAAGUUGUAAGGUGCUGGUACUCAGAAAUCAUGGUGUGGUAGCCCUUGGAGAAACGAUUGAGGAGGCCUUUCAUUAUAUAUUUAAUGUGCAGAUAGCCUGUGAGAUUCAGGUGCAGGCAUUAGCAGGGGCAGGUGGAGUAGACAAUCUGCUGGUGCUGGAUCUUCAGAAGUAUAAAUCUUUCACUCAUGCUAUAGCAACAACUGGAGGAGGAGGAGUGAAUAUGGGCUCCCAUCAGAAAUGGAAGGUUGGCGAGAUUGAGUUUGAAGGGCUGAUGAGGACUCUGGAUAAUUUGGGGUAUAGAACAGGCUAUGCUUAUAGGCAUCCUCUCAUUCGAGAGAAGCCUAGGCACAAGAGUGACGUGGAAAUCCCAGCAACUGUGACUGCUUUUUCCUUUGAGGAUGACACAGUGCCACUCUCUCCUCUCAAAUACAUGGCACAGAGACAGCAGCGUGAAAAAACAAGAUGGCUGAACUCACCAAAUACUUACAUGAAAGUGAAUGUGCCUGAGGAGUCUUGGAAUGGGGAAACCAGUCCCAGGACCAAAAUCACAUGGUUGAGAGCAGAGGACUCUUCUAAAGUUAGUAGUGGAACACCUAUCAAAAUUGAAGAUCCAAAUCAAUUUGUUCCUUUAAACACAAACCCGAAUGAGGUACUAGAAAAGAGAAAUAAGAUUCGAGAACAAAACCGGUAUGACUUGAAAACAGCUGGACCACAGUCCCAGUUGCUUGCUGGAAUUGUUGUGGACAAGCCCCCUUCUACCAUGCAAUUUGAAGAUGACGAUCAGGCCCCACCAGCUCCUCCCAACCCCUUCAGUCAUCUCACAGAAGGCGAGCUUGAAGAGUAUAAGAAGACAAUCGAGCGUAAACAGCAAGGCCUGGAAGAUGCUGAGCAGGAAUUACUCUCAGAUGACGCUUCAUCUGUUUCACAAAUUCAGUCUCAAACUCAGUCACCGCAAAAUAUCCCUGAAAAAUUAGAAGAAAACCAUGAGCUAUUUUCCAAGAGCUUCAUCUCCAUGGAGGUGCCCGUCAUGGUGGUGAAUGGCAAGGAUGAUAUGCAUGAGGUUGAAGAUGAGCUUGCGAAGCGAGUGAGUAGAUUAACCACAAGCACGACCAUAGAGAACAUCGAGAUUACCAUUAAGUCUCCAGAAAAAAUUGAAGAAGUCCUGUCACCUGAAGGCUCCCCUUCAAAAUCGCCAUCCAAGAAAAAGAAGAAAUUCCGUACUCCUUCUUUUCUGAAAAAGAACAAAAAAAAGGAGAAAGUUGAAGCCUAACUUAACUCUUUUUAUAAUUAUGAUUAUUACAAUGUGACAUUGCACAUUUAAAUACCACACUUAAGUUGAUAAUUAAUAUGCAGUGGUAGAGAAGACUGGGGGUAUGUAGCAAACUGGACUUUAAGAACUGGAAAGGGAUUUUACUAAAAGAAAAACAUAGUAUGAAAAGAACUUCAAAUUCAUCUCUCAUUUUGUAUGUCCAAAAAAGGUUUUGAAUUUUUGAAUAAUUGCUGGUUUUAGUUAGCUCUGCCCUCAUGAAGUAUUACUAUGAUUCACCACAAACAGAUAUCUGUCUGAAUUACUUCAGGCCUUCUCCAUAGUAUCUGUUGGAAACGAAAUACCAGUGCACAAGUGAGAGAAUUUUUAUUUCUCAACACCUGCUUCACUGGGUAAUCAGAUUAUAAUUUUUUACCACGAUUAUUGACUGUACCUUUUGGGUUCCCAUUGUUUCAGUGGGCAUUAACAGAACGCUUUAAAAGCUUCUAAGAAUCUAUAGCAUUAGUAUACACUGGCACAGAAUUUUUUUAAAAAAAAAUUUAAGAAAAGAUUCAUCUGGAAUUUUAUUCAUAGUAUAAAACUUCCUCACCUGAAGUAACUUUCUUUGCCAAAAAAAAAGAAAUCAUUUUAGUAAACUAUAAUUUUUGAAAACUUCCUUUUUUAUUAGUUGAGAAAGCCCCUUAUUUUUCAACAAAGGGGAUUUUGUACACGUACAUGGGUUAUUUAGUUUAACUCUGGCAAAAACGAUUUUUGUAUGUUGAGAUGUUUGUAUACCAUUCAAUAUAAAAGCAUCAUAAGCAUAUUAGCCAAUCAUAUAACAGUAGAGCAUAUUUGAAGCUGCUUCGUACUAAGUAUGCUUAAAUCUAAUUCAAGAAUCCAGGCACUUGGUAUCUAAAGGAGAUUAAAGCAUUUCAAGGUAUAACUAGAUUCACAUUUGAACCUUAUAAUGUAUUUUUCUCUUAGUAUUGCUAAUGAAUGAAGAUGGUCUCAUGAGGGAAACAAAUGAAAAGGAAGAGAGAAAGUGAAAAAUGAAGGGAACAAAAGCGGUGUCAUGCCAAGAAUUCUAGUUUGAUGAAGACCCACAGUCACGAUAGGAUUUGAAGCAUAGGUUUAUUUGGAACAUGUCCCAGAUUUCUAAAAUUCUGCUUCUCUGCCAAAAUCAUCGUGUCUCUUGGUUUCCUUUUAACUUCUGUAUCUUUAGAAGCAGCACUAGAAGAAAUCAGUGGGUCUGAUCCCCCAACGAGAAAACCUACCACUUCUUGAUUUUUGCAAAAUUUUCUCACCUUAUUUCAGUUAACUUUCUUUCUAAUGUAAAUACAAAUUUAAACCUAGACUUAAUAUAGUUUUCUCCCCUUCACCGAAGUGAUGUCACAAAUCAAUGUAAAAUCGAUGAUCCGAAAUGGUCGGUGGGUGAAAAUAAUCCAAAGUGUUUCUGGAGGAUGAGUUGGCGUGUCAAAAUCACAUUACACAUGACAGUGCGUUCUGGAGCAGCUGGUUCUGUUUGGCCGUAUGUGUACGAUGAUGCAAAGCUGAAACGGAGCCUGGAAAUUUCAUUCUGGAUCUCACUAACUACUGGAAUCAGUGUUUUAAUCUCUUAGCAGAAACUUUCAGUUGCUUACUUCUGUAUUUGAGGAUUUCUUUUUAUGUUCUACAUCAUUUAUGUUGUAUUACAACGUAUGUAGAAACAGUAACCUGUGAACUAUGCUUUUCCAUAACUUUUUAAAUAUAUAUAUAUCUUAAAUGAAUGCAAUGUGCAUAAAUAUUUUUUAAACGCAACAGUGAACUAUUUGCACCUUUUGCUAAUGCCUCUAUUUACUUGCUUUGGCAUAAAGAAUGAGCCAAUGAACCUCUGUGUCCUGUGGAAAAUGUAUAAAUGUUAUCUGAUAUUGCUCUUAGAUGUAAUGCUAAUUAAUGUUAAAUCACAAAUAAACAGUAUUUUAAAUAGA